GGGUUGGGGCCGCCCCCCACCCGCCUCCUUCUGCCCGAAGCCGCUGCCCUGAGGCUGCUGCCGCUGCCCGCGAUGGAGCCGCUGCCCAAGGGGGGGCUGGGGGGGGCUCUGGCCAAACCCCGGCGCCCCGUCAUCGCCUGCAGCGUCUGCCAGAUCCGCUUCAACUCCCAGAGCCAGGCAGCUGCUCACUACCAGGGCAACCGGCACGCUCGGCGCCUCAAGGGGCUGGAGGCUGCCCGAGGGGGGCAGGAGGAAGAGGAGGAGGAGGAGAAGGCCAAGGCCAAGCGCCUGCUCUACUGUGCCCUCUGCAAAGUGGCUGUCAACAGCCUGUCCCAGCUGGAGGCUCACAACAAAGGCACCAAGCACCGAGCCGUGCUGGAGCCUCGCGUGGACGCUGCGGGGUGA